GAGUAUCAGGUCCAGAUCCCUCUAGAGGCCACUCUUUUACUAUUUGUGAUCUCUGGUAUUUAGGUGCUUUGCCUUAUUCCGGCUCUUCUAUAUAUUCACGCUGGCCUCUCUUCCGUACCGAUUCAAAGGGUCCAGUGGUGCCAACAUGGCGCCCACCCAGACGGUGCAGCAUCACCACCGAUCCACAACCAAAUCCGCCAAUAAACCAUACAAGUCUCGCCAUGCCUCCAAGAGUGCGCUGAAGGAUAAGGCCAAGGGCAAGGUUGAAAGACAAGAGCGGGGCACCCGCAAGACCCCUCACCAGCAGCUCAAAUCCAAACUCGAUCGCCGGAACCAGGCUCGCCAGAAGCAGCAAUUGAAGCAUCAGGAGAAGGCUCAGUCCAUCAGCAUUUUCUCCGGUCAGAACGGUGCCCCCCGCCAUGUGGCCGUUGUGCCGCUUUCCGUUGAUAUCGAUGUGGCUGCCAUCAUCCGGGCCUUGAACGAGAGUGUUGAUGUUUCCGCGGAGAUCUCCCCAGACUCUGCCACCCGGGUUCGUGUCGAUCGCUUCCGCCAGAGCCUGCAGUACAUUCCGGCGAAAUAUGACUUGAUGAACGCUUUGGAUGUGUGCCGGAUGGCCGAUUUUGUGGUCCUGGCCCUCUCCGCACAGGUCGAAGUGGAGGAACAAGGAGAGCUGUUGCUGCGGUCCAUUGAGGGUCAGGGUAUCUCGAACGUUAUUGCCAUGGUUCAGGGUCUUGACCAAAUCAACCCGGCCAAGAAGCGCCCGCAGGUGGCAGCUUCUCUCAAGUCUUUUGCGAACCACUUUUUCCCGUCCGUUGAAAAGGUCCUCUCCGUGGACUCUCGCCAGGAGUGCUCCAACGCCAUCCGUUCCCUCUGCACAGCUACACCCAAGGGUAUCCGCUGGCGUGACGAGCGCAGCUGGAUGUUCAUCGAAAACGUUGAGUGGCCGGAGACCAAUGCCGAGGAGGUCGACGAUGUUGUCGUCACUGGUGUUGUCCGCGGUAAAGGCCUGAAGGCGGACCGUCUGGUUCACAUCCCUGGAUGGGGUGACUUCCAGAUUGGUUCGAUCACAGCAGCACCACUUGCUGCCGCCCGCGGGAAGCGUGAUGAUGCUAUGAAUGUCGAUGAGACCGAGGCUCCGCAGCUGUUGGAUGGACCCUCUGCAGAUUGCGAUGAUUUGGCCACUGUGGCACCAGAGGAGAUUGAGAUGGAGGACGACGACUUCCCUGUUGAGGAAGAGCGCAAGGGUGUCCUCCUGGACGACCACCACUACUUCUCCGAUGACGAAUCUCACAUCCCUCCGAAGCCCAAGAGGCUACCAAAGGGUACCUCGGAGUACCAAUCCGCUUGGUUCUUGGACGAUGUGUCCGACUCCGGCUCUGACCUUGAAGACGAGGAGGAUGUUGAAGAGAUGGAGAUGGACACCGCGGGAGCGCCCGAAGACGGUGUCUUCCCCGAUAACAGGGAUGCCAUGACGGAGGCUGGCCCAUCGGAGUAUCCCCAGUCAGAGAUGUUCGUCGACCCGUCACCAGAAGACGAGGCCAAAGACUUGGAGGAAUACCGUGCGAGCCGCAGAAAGGAAGCCAAUGAAGAUCUGGAGUUCCCUGACGAAAUCGAGCUUCACCCGAACGUUCUCGCUCGGGAGCGUCUGGCCCGCUUCAGAGGUCUGAAGAGCUUCAAGACCAGCCCCUGGGAGACGUCAGAAGACCGUGCCUACGAGCCGGAAGACUGGCGCCGCCUGCUCCAAUUCGCGGACUACAAGGGAUCCAGGAACAAGUUCCUCCGCGAGGCUCUCGUCGGAGGUGUCACCCCUGGUGUGCGCGUUGAUGUGCACCUCAAGGCCGUGCCAGCAACCCUCCGCAGCCGGCCUCAGCCCACAUCUCUCUUCUCUCUACUCCGUCAUGAGCACAAGCACACCGUUGUCAACAUCAACAUGCACUUGAACUCCAGCGUCGAGGAGCCCCUGAAGUCGAAGGAGCAGCUCGUCGUCCAGUGCGGUCCUCGCCGUCUGGUCGUCAACCCCAUCUUCUCCGCCGGCGACAACACCCCCAACAACGUGCACAAGUUCGACCGCUUCCUCCACCCAGGCCGCAGCGCCGUCGCCUCCUGGAUUGGUCCUUUGACCUGGGGCGCCGUGCCUGUCCUCGUCUUCAAGAACAAGUCCAACCAGGACCCCGAGAUUAUGGACUCCGCCGAGGACGACUCCCUCAACAACUUCGACAACCUCGAACUCAUCGGAAACGGCACCAUCGUGGCCCCCGACCAGUCCCGCGUCGUUGCCAAGCGCGCCAUCCUCACCGGUCACCCAUACAAGAUCCACAAGCGCGUCGUCACCGUCCGUUACAUGUUCUUCAACGCCGAGGACAUCCAGUGGUUCAAGGCCCUCCAGCUCUGGACCAGACGCGGCCGCAGCGGUUAUAUCAAGGAAUCCCUCGGUACGCACGGUUAUUUCAAGGCUACCUUCGACGCCAAGAUCAACCCCCAGGACUCUAUCGGUAUCAGUCUGUACAAGCGCGUCUUCCCUCGCAAGGCUCGUGCUCUGGAGGAUGUGGUCUAUUAAAAAUGAUAUUGGAGAUCGUGUUGUGUCGUUGUUUGUUCGUUUGCUUUGGGAAGCCUUUUUGGGUUUAGGGCACAUGAUAUGGCAUGGCAUGACAUGCAGGAACGAUAUAGAGAUAUUACUUACUUACAUACAUUACAUACUUCACCUACUUACUCAUGAUACCACAAAAGUUCGCUUCGGCAUGAAUUGAUGAACUGUUACUGAUUAUGAAUAUCAUUUGUUGAUGAGGUGGUUCGAUAGAUAGAUAAAUACAGUUGGCGUGAAUUUUAGUAUCUAGUUUGAUUUGACCCGAGUGGUGCAACUUGUCUCGUCUAUUUAGUUUAUUCCUGGAAUUAACUGAAGC